GCGAAGGUGGGGAGUGGACUGGCAGAGCCCGGAGCUACUCGAGCGGCGCGGGGAAAGCGGCGGUCCGGACGCCAGCGGAGCAGUGGACAAGCAGGAAGAAGAUGAGCCUUAAGUCUGAACGUCGAGGAAUUCAUGUGGAUCAGUCGGAGCUCCUCUGCAAGAAAGGAUGUGGUUACUAUGGCAACCCUGCCUGGCAGGGCUUCUGCUCCAAGUGCUGGAGGGAGGAGUACCACAAGGCCCGGCAGAAGCAGAUUCAGGAGGACUGGGAGCUGGCGGAGAGACUUCAGCGGGAGGAGGAAGAGGCCUUCGCCAGCAGUCAGAGCAGCCAAGGAGCCCAGUCCCUUACAUUUUCCAAGUUUGAAGAAAAGAAAACCAAUGAGAAGACCCGCAAGGUCACCACGGUGAAGAAGUUCUUCAGUGCUUCCUCCAGGGUUGGAUCCAAGAAGGCAGAAAUUCAGGAACCAAAGGCUCCCAGUCCUUCCAUAAACCGGCAAACCAGCAUUGAGACGGAUAGAGUGUCUAAGGAGUUCAUAGAAUUUCUCAAGACCUUCCACAAGACAGGCCAAGAAAUCUAUAAGCAGACCAAGAUGUUUUUGGAAGGAAUGCAUUACAAAAGGUUUCAGGAUAUGAGCAUUGAGGAGCAGUCAGAGUGCACUCAGGACUUUUACCAGACUGUGGCUGAGAGAAUGCAGACUCGGGGAAAAGUGCCUCCAGAGAGAGUUGAGAAGAUAAUGGACCAGAUUGAAAAGUAUAUCAUGACACGCCUUUACAAGCACGUGUUCUGUCCAGAGACCACUGACGACGAGAAGAAGGAUCUUGCCAUUCAAAAGAGGAUCCGAGCCCUGCACUGGGUCACGCCUCAGAUGCUCUGUGUCCCUGUUAAUGAAGAAAUCCCAGAAGUGUCUGACAUGGUGGUGAAGGCAAUUACAGACAUCAUUGAGAUGGACUCGAAGCGCGUGCCUCGAGACAAGCUGGCCUGCAUCACCAGGUGCAGCAAGCACAUCUUCAACGCCAUCAAGGUCACCAAGAAUGAGCCGGCCUCAGCUGAUGACUUCCUGCCCACCCUCAUCUACAUCGUGCUGAAGGGCAACCCACCGCGCCUGCAGUCCAACAUCCAGUACAUCACCCGCUUCUGCAACCCAAGCCGGCUGAUGACUGGGGAGGACGGCUACUACUUCACCAACCUGUGCUGUGCGGUGGCCUUCAUUGAGAAGCUGGACGCCCAGUCUUUGAACCUGAGUCAGGAGGAUUUCGACCGCUACAUGUCUGGCCAGACCUCCCCCAGGAAGCAGGAGGCUGAGAGCUGGUCUCCUGACGCCUGCCUGGGUGUGAAGCAGAUGUACAAGAACCUGGACCUCCUGUCUCAGCUCCAUGAACGCCAGGAGAGGAUCAUGAGCGAGGCCAAGAAACUGGAAAAAGACUUAAUAGACUGGACGGAUGGCAUUGCCAGGGAGGUCCAAGACAUUGUUGAGAAAUACCCCCUUGAAAUCAAGCCCCCAAGCCAGCCAUUAGCAGCCAUUGACUCUGAGAAUGUGGAGAAUGACAAACUCCCCCCACCACUGCAGCCUCAGGUGUACGCAGGAUGAUGGCACCCCCAGGACGCUUCUGUGUGAGCCUGGAUCACGGGCGCCCGUGCCAUAGGCACUGACUGGAGUCCAGACUGUGACUUCAUUGCUCCCGAAGGUCAGGGCGUUCUCAAGGUACAGUGUGUGGUGUUGGGUUGUUUUGUUUAUUUUCUUCUUUUUCCUGGCAGGGGAAGCAUAGUAAAUAAUAAAGUACUAUUUAUUUGAGUUACUGAAAUAGGUUCUUUUAAGGCUUGUGUGAAAAUUUUGUCUGAACCUUUUUUCCUCCGUGAUUCUCUUCCGUGCUUCCUCUGUGGCCAUCACUGGCUUGGACAAAGUGAGACAGUGCUACAAAAGUGUCUGCUGAAGGGAGUUCAACGUCACCACCCUCCAGGGCUUUCAGUACUUUUGUAAUUGUAAAGAUAGAAGAUAUAUUGAUAAGUGCAUAUGUAAAAUUGUAAAUAAGUUUUUUAAAAACAAAAGGCCUGAAUGGCGUCUGCCGCUGUGUUACAUGUUCCAGGUUUAAAGUGAAGUGCACUGUAGCACCACUGAAUUUCAUUUACCACUCAGGAAUCUGAGUGUCGGCACGCAUUCCCCUUAAUGUGUGGACCAUGCAGCACUUCUGUUUGUUUUUUAAUUUUGGCUUUUAGAACAGACUUUUGCUACUUUGCCCAGGGUGGCUUGAACUUCCAAUUUUCCUUCUGAGCUUGUGGAGUGCUGGGAUUAUAGACUGCAGCACCAUGCCCAGCUCAUUCAGCAAAUUUUCAUCAAGUUCCUAGAUACAAAGGCGCUGGCCGUGGUCUGGGAUGGAAGUUAGGAUGAACAGGCGCGUGAAGGUUGAUGGGAGCCCCUCAGAGCCGUUAAGGUGUAGGUGGAGCCUCCACAGUGCCCCUGUGACCUCAUGGUUGACCCCAUUAUUUGUUAUGUGAACCUCUCAGAAUGGUCUGACCUCAGUUCUUACUGACAUUUGUGUCCUGAGGAUUUUUACUGUGGGGACUGCCUGUGAAUAUUUCUGCCCUCUGCCCCUGCUAAAUGCCAGGAGCCGCAAUGACUGUGAGAACUUGUCUCCACACACUGCUGACAUCCUCUGGGAGCAAUCUCCCCCACCUCCCCACUUAAGAACCACUGGUCUCUUGUAAGCAAGGCAGUUUUCAUCCACGCAGUUAAUAUGGCGCAACCAAAGAGCUCUGCAUCACGGGCACAGCAUAACGUUAGCUGAUGCUCUGCGGACACUGCAGUGUGGAA